UCUUCGAAUAAUGAGAAACAGAUCGAGAAUUUGAAUUUUUUCAAAUUAUUAAAAAAUCAAAAACAAAAUUCUACUCUUGAAACAUGUUGUAUGAUUAUACCUACACCUAUACUACCUAACUUAUUUUCGAAUCAUUUUUUAAAUUUUUACUUAUCUGGUUCAAAAUUUCAACUGUCAAUGAAUUGUUUCCACUUUUAAAAUGGACACAUCGUGUUUUGCCUUAAAAAUUCUAAAACGUUGAUUUUUGCUCUUUUUUUAAAUUUUACCUGCAAUAAUAAUAAUAUGAGUAUGAGUAAUCAUGCGAUGCCUUCAUACUGUAGUGUAUGUAAUUAGGUACGAUAAUAUCUGUACACACACUUGUGUUUGAUAAAGAAUUCACGUCACAGUCACCAUCUUGUGUGCAAUAUUUUUGAUUUUUCAAGGCAGAGUUGGGUGUAACUAUAUAUUCGAAAAUUUAAAACAUUGACGAAAUUUUCUCGUUCAAAAUGAAUUAUUCAGCGUUGCAGUUCUGCAUAUUUUGCAUAAUUAUAUGUGCAAUAUGCAUUGUUGAUGUAGAAUCAACAGACGAAGACAAAAUCCUACCCGUGAUUUUCAUCAAAAACAAAAAUAAAUAUUUAUAUCCAACGAACGUAGAAUCGAAUCUCGUCACCAAACAUCUUUCAUUUUCUGCCCAGAAACGUCCCAUGGGAAAAAUACACAAGAGAGAACGAUUUUUCUGCCCAGCUGAGACAAACGACGAAUUUGCUCAAAUUACACGAGGUUUAGGACUUUCCGACGAGUAUCCAAAACUCCACGAGUUCCAUAAAUAUGUUAGACAUAAUCAGCCAGACUAUGAAGAAGAUCUCAAAUACUUGAAAUUCAGUUCGUAUUGCUUAUUUAAGAAAAAAGUCUUUGAUAGAUCGCAAACUUGUCCUACAGAACCGGAAUUUGCUAUAAGAAGAGUCACUGAAACGAAAAAUGGUGAGACGAAAGAUGUCGCAUGUGGUGCGGAGGAUGCUGGCAAAAUGUACGAAUUUUUUUAUUUGUUAUGUCCUUCGGCCGGUUUAAAAAAUAAAUGGGAUAUUACUUCGCUGUUUCUUUAUUUCUCGGAUGAAGAAACAAAACAAUACAUCACUAACCUACCAUAUUUGACGGUGAAACACACCGCGUAUAAAUUCUGCUACGACCACACCAACAAAGAAACCAUGUACACCAAACACCGCCUAAGAUCAGUACAAAUGAUGUUUGACCCUCGACUUCAUUAUGAAAGAGAAAAACGUUUCGAUAUGGUUACAAAUAAUUACGAUAAAUUUUUUGAACGUGAUGACUUCGAAAAUAUUAAAAAUGCAUAUGAUGCGGUCGAGAAAUUGAUUGAAAAAAAAUCAAAUCCGGAAUACAAAGAUGUUGAUGGAAAUGAAGAAAUUUCACCAAUAUCUUUACAGUAUAGAGCUCAUAAACUUGUUUCCCCCACUGACUUUCCAAUGGCUUCAUGGAAGAAACCUACCUAUCAUUAUUUGAACGUUAAACCAAUGCAUAAGACAGUAUUGGAACUUUGGGAUAAGAUGGAAGAAUCCAUUAUAAAGCAUUUUCAAAAAUUGAGAAUUGAACUCGAUAUUUAUACAGGCACAUUUAAUACAAGAUCAGACGACAAGAAACCUGUAGGUUAUUUGUACAAAGAGCAAGUACAAAUACCCGAUACGUGGGUGAAAUUAAUUCACGACGCGGAUAAAGAAUCUGGAGAACGUUUAGGAGUAGCGGUAGUAAUGUUGAAUUUUGAAACUGAAAAUUCAAAUCUUGACUGCAAAGUAGACUUGUGUUGUUCGACUAAUACUGAAAGUGAAUUAAUGCAAAAAUUUAAAGGCACUGGCCAUAAAAUUUGUGUUGAAAGUAUAGAGGAAAAGCACUUGAAACUUUUCAAGUUGAAUAAGUUACACGUUAGUGGUACUUUGAUGAUCGGAAAGUUGAAUUAUAACAAAAAUACGUGAAAAAUGUAGUGAAAUAUGUAUAUAAGGAAGGAUUAUAGCCCUUAACGUUACAGUUAUUUUGUACAAACCUACCUGUUAUAUAAUAUACGUACUCAAUUUUAAGAAUAUUGCUGGAAAUACAUAAUUUUUCCUCCAUUUCAUCAACUGAAUAAUACACAUCUGUCUACCUAUUUCUUUUUUUAAAUAAAAUUUUAAACGACGAUUCACUACA